AUGCCUACAAUUGAUACCGGUGCAGGAAGACAGACGCCACAGGCAUAUGGCGUGCUGUAUUCGGACGAGAUGGGCGGCAUGCACGAGGCCUACGUGAAGGAUGGCUCGGCCGGCGAAAUUAUCUUGUCAGCGGGAGCCCUCGGAAGCCCGCAGCUACUCAUGUUGAGCGGCGUCGGUCCCUCUGAGCACCUCAGAUCUUUUGGCAUCGAGGUGGUAUUGGACCAGCCGAUGAUCGGGCGAGGCAUGUCGGACAACCCCAUGAACAUCAUCGCUGCCCCUUCGCCGCAGCCAGUCGAGAUCAGCUCCAUCCAAGUCGCCGGAAUCACUCACUCAGGAAACUACGUCGAGUCCUUUACCGGCUUCAACCUAGCAGCUUCUCUCGUCCAUGACACCUCUGGUGGUGGUACAGAAACAUCCGACCAGAACCCUCAACUAUCACCACCUCCGUCUAAGGAAGGAAAGCAAGACGUGUUUUCAUUCCAAGGCGGCAUAAUACUUGACAAGUUGGCGCGCCCUCUUUCUCGAGGUUUCCUUCAGUUCAAGAACCGCAAUCCAGACGACAACCCCUCCGCCACCUUCAAUUACUUCACGGAGCCUGCGGACGUUGAGGCAUGUGUCGAGGGCUUAGAGACGAUGAAGAGAGCGCUCGAGUCGAAAGGACUGUCGAAGUUUAGGUACCCCAAAUCAAUCACGAUGAAGCGAGUUCGAUCCCGAAGCACCGUCCACGGCAUGAGAAUGACCCCACCUCCUCGGAGCAAUACUGCAAGGACGUCGUGCUCACCAUAUACCAUUACCAUGGAGGGUGCUUAG